GAGUACCUGCUUUUGUAACGCGUGUGCGCGUGCAUCUGUGUGUCUGACGGGGACAGCCUUAACCCCGCUUGUGUCUGACGGGGACAGCCUUAACCCCGCUUGUAACUGUCGGGGACAGCUUAACCCCGUUUUUUUUCGCGAUGGCGACUCCGCCACAAUACGAUAUCGCCGACCUGGCCCACGUAUUCAGCGAAUCGUUACGACCAACCGUCGAAUCAGCAGCUGCUACAUUCCAGCAUGGACUACGUGUCGCCGAAGCUCGGACUUCAGUUCCGCGAUUCACCGGCGACAACGCACCACUUUCGAUUACGUUCGACGACUGGCUCAGUACUUUGAAUUGGAGACAGUUAGAAUUGGGUCUCGAUGCUACGUCGUUGCGCGUGUUUGGUUUAUCGACGCUCGGAGGACACGCUGCUGAGUUUUCUCGCCGCCUCCUUCUUGAGAGGCCCGCGAUGACUUGGGAACAAAUCACAGAACAGCUGACUAAGCGCUUUCGUGAUCCGCUACGUGAGGUCGACGCGCAGAACGCGCUUAAGAAUUUCCAGCAGAAUAGUGGCGAACAUAUCCGCCCGUAUGGCGAUAGGUUAUUGACUCUCGCAUUGCGAGCGCUUCCGGUCGAGCAACUUUCGACGGCAGACACGCAACGCCGCCUCGUCGACAUUUUCUUGGAUGGACUCAGAUCAGUUCAUACACAGCGACUGCUGCUUCAUCGCACCCCAGCGACGCUCACCGACGCCAUCGACUUGGCAGCAGACGAACAUGUACUAGAGUCAUCUCUAGUCGCAAGACGACAAAACCGCAGCGACGCGUUCGCCGACCCCUAUGACACGACGGAGCCUAUGGAUAUCAGUACCAUACAACACCCUACGCCAUCGGAGCGUUUGUUUAGAGAGGUACGCGGCUUGCGUACGCUCAUCACUCAAGCAGUGCCACAGGCACAGCCCAUGAAUGAAUCAUCACGGGACAUCACACGACAACCCCCGCGUCAACAACGUUCUCAGG